AUGGGCGCCACGUGGGAGCUCUUAGCGUUUAUUUUCCGGGUUAUGCAGACUCGUCAGCAGAAUAAAGACGUUUGGGGUACUAUGUACGAGCUAUUCUUUCUUCUUGCACCCAUCUGGAUCAACGCAUUCAUCUACAUGACACUCGGCCGAAUGAUCUACUACUUCCUACCGCAUCAAAGACUCGCAAAGAUCUCUGCGCGCCGCUACGGACUCCUCUUCGUCGCAUUAGACAUCCUCGCAUUCCUAGUCCAAGUAGCCGGCGCCUCAAUGUCAACCAACGACAGCAUGGGGCGCAAGUUCGUCAUGCUCGGGCUCCACCUCUACAUGGGCGGUAUCGGAAUGCAAGAGCUCUUUAUCCUAUGUUUCCUAGCCCUAACCAUCAAGCUCCAACGGAAAGUAUCCGCGUUAAGAUACAUGGAGGGUGGGGACGACGAGAAGGCGCCGGUCCGACAAGGUCUAUUCCAUCCUUCGAGACUGUUCUAUGCCAUCUAUUUUGCUUUGGCUAUGAUCUCCGUUCGGAUCAUCUUUCGGCUCUGUCAGUAUGCGCGUGGGUAUGAUGAGACGAAUCCGGUUCUGACGACUGAGUCGUAUGAGUAUGUGUUGGAUGCGGCACCGAUGUUUUUGGCUCUGCUGGCGCUGAACGUGUUUCAUCCGGGGCAUAUUAUUCGGGGACAGAGGUCGGACUUUCCGAGGUUAACUCGUGCCGAGAAGAGAGAGCUCAAGCAGCAGAAGAAGGAAAGGAAAAGGGAGAAGAAGAGGAUGGAAAGGGGGUUUGAUUUGGAGAACUAA